CUUCCAGCUACGGUAGAAGAUCUACAUCUUUCCUUCAGGGUGCAGCUAAUUUAAAAAAAAUAAUACAAAAGUCCAUUGCUUCAGUUAGAUCCUCCAGUAGUUUCAUGUAGAGAACCCGUAGCUGCAGAAAAGCAGUAGCUGCUCACACACCAACGUGAACAUUUGAGCUCUUCAUCUCCACCGAUCAUGCGACGGCUCUUCCUGUCAGUCAUCCUGAUUGCUGCGCAUGUUUCUGUGACAGUGGAUUGCAGGCCGGGGCUCCAGCAUCCCCGGCUCCAACGGCACGAGAAGGAAACCUCUGACCCUGGAGCUCACGGCGAGACGUCUGCGGACGCAGGACGCCUCCACUUACAGCUGCACGGAUCGAUGAGAAAGGGCAAUCACAGGGUCCUCCUGGUUAGUUUGCCAGUAAGAACGACUUCAAGCAAUGUGGUUCCAGUUUUUUAUUUGCGAAGAAGGCGAUUCCUCUGUCUGGACGUACGGGGGAAGCUGUCCAAGUCUAGGCAAAAGUACAGAGAGGAUUGCUUAUUCCAACGCAUUAAGUUAGAUCUGGCGAACCACCGUGAUGUGUUUUACUCUCUGAAUGGAAACCAGCAGCUCAGCCUGGGGGGAGACGACCUGCAGGCGGUGCACCGAGAACCUCCAGGGGUCUCCUCAGCCCUUCUACAGAGGUUCCUGGAUCCCUUACUAAAGAGGCAGAGAAGAAGUGAGGCGGUGAACCCCUCUGAUCCUUUAAGAGCCCAAUCGCAUCCCUCGCACUCUGUACGGGAUGCAAAUCACGGCCUGACUGAACCAGAACAGACGGGUGCUGUGUCCAAGGAAACCAUCACCUCCUGCGAUGACCCGCUGCGAGUCUUGAGGCCCAACCGGCACGGCAGUCCAGUCAAGACUAACAUUGUAGACCGAGCAGAACAUGAAUAGGACAUGUGAGAGGUUAGCUACUGCAUGGUGGGGUAGAUACUUUCGGACAUUGUGUAGUAUCAGCAAGUCAAACUGUUAUUAGAGAGUAGUUUUUUUUUCCUCUUUGAAAACAUUCAACAUUUUCUGUGAUAUUAAGUCCUUAGAACGAAAUUUCCAGGGUGUACUCAUGAACUGGAUUACGUCACAGAGGCUUGUACAGGUCCUGUGUUUGAAUAGCAGUUAAAUGACAAGUUUGGCAACUCUUGACACAAGUUUGGUCCAGCAUCCCGCUGUCCUUUAACCUCAGUCUGUUAAAUUUUAAUCCGAUGAUGCAAUGUUUGUUUUGCAUAUGUAAAAAUGUGUAAUGUACAACUAAUUUGAAAUAUUCACACAUAAACAUGCUUAAAAAAGAAUAAGCAUAAAUUGACCUAUUGUUACUGAAAUAAAACAAAAAAAAUAAAAAUGCAUUAUAUGCAAAAACUCAGACACGAUCAGGUGCUGGACACCAGUAAUCACAGCAAUGAGAUGCUUUAUUUAUUGAAAUGUGUUAAAUGACUUCCUUUCUUGCCUGAUGUGUAUUAUUUAUAUAUUUCAUGCUGUGUUGUUUCUCAUAUGAACAAAUAAAUGGUGAAUAUUC